AUGUUCUCUGGUAUCACCGUAGUUUCGGUGACAAGGCGCGAAAAUGCGAACAGCCAUGUGAAUACCAAAAAAACGGGAACAGCAGUAGUCGAAGCAACUGGCCGCCCACCUAACAAGUGUCGCCUAUUCGUAACCGACCGCGACAGUAAGACUGAGUUUCUGGUGGACACGGGUGCCGACGUUUGCGUAUUUCCCAAGAAACUGGUGUAUGGACCGCGCAAAAGUGACGAAUAUAAACUGUUUUCGGUGACCGGUACACCAUUUUGCACUUAUGGACUUGUGACUCUGUCACUCAAUCUCGGCCUGCGACGCGAAUUUCGUUGGACUUUCAUUAUAGCCGACGUCGACUACGCCAUAAUCGGUGCCGAUUUCCUACACCAUUUUAACCUCCCGGUGGACAUACGAAACGGAUGCUUGACAGACCCACUCACAAAAAUAAGUAUGAACGGACAGGUGUGCAGCGUCGAGGUGCCAACAAUAAAAACUCUAGUGAACGAUCCGCGCAACAAAUUCCUAAAAGUGAGACCGCAAGUCACACGCGACGGUCAGAAAGCGAAAACGGUCCAUUUCAUUAAAACAACAGAAGGGCCGCCUGUAACCAGCAGACCUAGACGCCUCCCUCCAGGGAAAUACAGCGCAGCUAAAAAGGAGUUCGAAGGGAUGGUCAAGGAAGGAAUCGCCCGGCCAUCCAAGAGCAACUGGUCCUCACCGUUACAUGUAGUGCCCAAGAAGGAUGGAGAUUUACGACCGUAG